AUGUCCACCUACCAAGAAUCCUGGCUCCUCGGCCCCCAAUCCACCAACUUCUACACCCGCACCUACCCCUCCCCCACCUCCCCCCCGCACGCCGCCCUCGUCUUCAUCCACGGCUUCAUCGAGCACAUCGCCCGCUACGACCACGUCUUCAGCGCCUUUGCCGCGCGCGGCAUCACCGUCUUUGCGUACGACCAGCGCGGGUUUGGGCGCACGGCGCUGGAUGAGGGGGGCAGGAGUAAGGGGAGCGCGUAUGCGAAGACGAGUUGGAGGGAGCAGUUGGAGGAUGUGGAGUGGGCGGUGGGGAGGGUGAGGAGGGGCGAGGUGCCGGGGUGUGAGGGGGUGCCGGUGUUUUUGUAUGGGCAUUCGAUGGGCGGCGGACUGUGCCUAGCCUUCCCAACACGCACCACACGCCCCCCCUCCCCAGACACCCUCUCCUCCAUCUCAGGCAUCAUCGCCACAAGCCCCCUUCUCACCGCGACGAAGCCGGCGUCGAAGGCGGUGAGAUGGAUAGGGGGGAAGGCGAGUGUGCUUGCGCCGUCGCUGACGAUUCCUGCGGAGGUGGCGGCUGAGGUCCUGUCGCACGACCCGGAGGUGAUUAAGAACAACAUCGACGACCCCCUCAUCAAGCGCGUAGGCUCCUUGCGUGGGCUGAGCGAUAUGUUGGACGGCGGAGAGAAGCUGUUGAAGGAGGAUCAUGCGCGCUGGCCGAAGGCGCUUCCUCUCCUGUUGAUACACGGCUCGGAUGACCAGGGCACAUCAUGCGAGUCUACAGAAGAGUUUUACAAGAAGGUCACAGCGGACGACAAGACGUUCUCCUGCUACCCCGGCGGCUAUCACGAACUGCACAACGAGCCCGACGGCGUGAAGGAGAAGCUGAUCGAGGAGUGUAUAUCCUGGGUGGAGGCGAAGGUGAAGGCGAAGGCGGCGGCUGGGAUCACCAUCACGGCGACGCCGAGUUCGAAGCUUUGAGUUCUCUCUCUCGAGGGUUUGAGGGGAUGUUGGGGUGGUGGGAUAGGUUACGUUAGGUUAGACGAGUGGUACAGGACAGGGUGCAUGUAAUAUUAUCUUUUAUUGGUAUCUUUAUGCUUUAUGUAUCUCAGGUCGGUCUGGACGGUUUAGGUUU